AAAACCUGUUUCAUAUUAAAGAAAUAACCGAAAACCCAAAUCUAUCAACAAACAGCAAGAACAAGAAGAAAUGCAGGUCUUCAAUUGCGCCGCCAUUACAGCGCAAUCUUCAUCCUUAUUCUUCAGCUCCCCUGCUUGCCUUUUUCCGGCUAGAGCACAAUUGAAGAAAUGCAGGUCUUCAUUUGGAUCGAGAUUCAUAGUUGCUUCAUCUUCAGCAGUAACACCGGCGAGGUGGGAGGAUUGGGCGCCGGAGAAGGGUUCUAAAACGCCUUCAUUGAGUGAUGUAGUAUGGCCAGCGACAGGGGCAUUUGCAGCUAUGGCUUUACUAGGAAAGAUUGAUCAGAUUUUGAUAUCUAAAGGUGUUUCAUCGAUUACAAUUGCACCUCUUGGCGCGGUUUGUGCUGUUCUUUUCGCAACUCCGACAUCACCUGGUGCGAGGAAAUACAACAUGUUUAUGGGUCAAAUUGGAUGUGCAGCAAUUGGUGUAGCUUCAUUAACGUUGUUUGGUCCUGGUUGGAUUGCUAGAAGUGUUGGUUUAUCUGCAGCUAUUGCUUUCAUGAUCUACACUCGUUCAGUUCAUCCACCAGCUGCAAGUUUGCCUAUUUUAUUCAUCGAUGGCGCAAAGCUCCACCACUUGAACUUCUGGUUUGCCUUGUUCCCCGGAGCUGCUGCCUGCCUUAUUCUCUGCCUAAUCGUAAGUAAUUUUAUCGAUAAUGCCCUACUUUAUACAGUUUUACCUACCCUAAUAACAAACAUUUCAUUCUCCAGCAAGAAGCUGUGUUGUACAUGAAGCACAAUUUCAAAUUCUGAUGCAUUUCAUCGAGAUAAGUCGAAGAUCAAAACAAUCAAAGCUCGGGUUUACAUUUACUUUCUUAUGAAUGUAUAGCUAGCUAGCAAUGUAGAAUAAACUCGGGGGUGAGUUACCUGUAAUCAUACAAUUUAUUUUAAUUUGUGUAAA